AUAUAAUACAAUUUGGUUACCUGGCCAGGUCUUUCUCACAUUGUUAUGCAGGAGACACCAGGCUGAAGUGUGUCCCCCACACUUUGGAUACAGAUCUGUUGUUGUAAUUGCAGUCUUAUAAUGGAUGAGUCAUACGUUAUCAUAGAAUUAGCCGGUAGUAAUUGGUUUGUUUUCUUCCUGCAGAGUGACGAGCUGUUCUCCAUCCGCACUGAUCCGGUGUUCAUGUCAGUACGAACAGGAGAAUGAAGUGAUGGCGUUUUGGUAGAUGUGCUUUAUUUAUAUAUUUUUUUUAAAGCACUACUGAUAAAUUCAAAACAGGAAAAAGAGAAAGAGAGAAAAAGAAAGAGAGAGAGAGAGAAAAAAAAAAAAAAGUGAGGAUGAAAGGAUUACCUAAACGCUGGUGAACGUGUAAUUUCCCAGAGUGGUUGAUGAGCCAGGAAGACGAUGUGAUUUCCUGGUGAUUUCUUAAUUUCCUCCUUAUUUGUGCGCGUGAGACAGUGACGUGAAUUAGGUGCUAUGCCAUAUGACUUGAGAGAAUCGGAGGAGGCUGAAGAUGCUAUCAGAAGUGAGUGACGUGGUGGAUGCCAGAUCAAGAGGAGGAUAAACAGCAGUGGAAGCAAGUUCCUGAGGGUUGUCGAGAUGCCUUCCUUGCUUGCUUGUUUUGUGUGCGGGGGGAAGGGGGAGAGUGACGAUGUGCGGGUGCUUGAUUACCGUCACUCUGCUCUCAAUGAUGUGCCUGCCGAUGUGUUUGCUUCAGAACGCACCUUGGAGGAGCUGCUCUUGGAUUCGAAUCAGCUGACUGAGUUACCUCGUCAACUGUUCUACUGCCAUGGCUUGAGGGAGCUUGGGCUAAGUGAUAAUGAGUUGACAUCCCUUCCACCAGCUGUGGCAUCCCUCAUCAAUUUAACCUCCAUAGACCUCAGCAAAAAUGCCAUUUCAGACAUCCCAGACAAUAUUAAAGGCUGCAAGCAACUUGCUGUGGUGGAUGCCAGUAUCAACCCCCUGUGUCGUCUACCUGAGGGUUUCACACAGCUGCUUUCUCUGCAAGAACUUUAUCUAAAUGACACAUUCUUGGAAUACCUUCCUGCUAACUUUGGCCGAUUGUCCAAGUUGAAGAUUUUGGAGUUAAGGGAAAACCAGCUGAAUACGUUGCCAAAGUCCAUCGCACGUCUCACAAACCUGCAGCGCUUGGACAUUGGGCAGAAUGACUUCUCCGAAUUGCCAGAGGUGAUUGGAAGUCUUGGCAACUUGACUGAACUCUUGUUUGACAAUAACAAAGUGAAGUCACUUCCACCCAUGAUGGGCAAAUUGAAGAAACUGCUUCAUGUUGAUGCAUCAAAGAAUAAAAUAGACUGGGUCUCUGGAGAACUGGAAAACUGUGCAGUGCUCACAGAUCUACAUCUCUCAUCCAAUAAUCUUAAGGAACUGCCUGAGAGUCUGGGAGGUUGUAGUCAGUUGCAACUUUUGCGUCUGGAUGACAAUGCCCUGACUCACCUUCCUGAGUCGCUUGGUGGUCUGGCAGCCCUUGAGGAACUGGUUGUCACUCAGAAUGACCUGGAGACUUUGCCAGCCUCCAUUGGGCUACUUCGUGCUCUGCAUACUCUCCAUGUGGAUGAUAAUCUCAUAACAGAGUUACCUCCAGAAAUUGGUUCUUGCGUUCAGUUGACAGUCCUUACCGCUGCAUCAAAUAGACUGACGAGUGUCCCUGCUGAACUGGGUCACCUUCCAAAAUUGGCAGUUCUAAAUCUUUGUGAUAAUUUGAUUCCUCAUCUGCCUGUAUCACUUACGAAACUAAAGCUAAGGGCUUUGUGGCUUUCUGAAAAUCAGAACAAGCCACAGGUCCAGUUGCAGUCAGACACACUACCAGAAACAGGACAGCGUGUUCUAACAUGUUUCAUGCUCCCACAGCAAGUUCGCUCUCAUCAGCCAGAAAUGGUGGUUGAGACGGACACCUUCCCUGGCCAGGGAUGGGAUGAGCAGAGGAGAGCAAAAACUCUUAUUAAGUUUGCCUUUGACGGUGAUGUUGACAAACCGGGCCGCUUGACACGAGCCCCAACACCCUACCCCAAAGAACUCAAGGCGCUGGCCAAGCACGCUCGGAACUUGCACAGCUUGCAGAAGGACCCCUCGCGACAAUUUGUGCUCGGCCGCUCAGAGGAUGCUGGCAGGGUGUCCUCACCCACACAGCCUGCUAAAGAGGACAGUGACGUGGCUUCAGGCAGGCGGGACUCAGAUAGUGCUCUGAGGCAGCCACUAAUAGAACGCACGGCAAAGUCUGGGGCUCCUGUAGACGAUUCAGGGGAUGCAGAGGAUGCUAGUACGCCUCUGACUGUUGUAGAACCGCAGGUGGAUGAACGGCCACAGUUGAGAGAAGCUCGGAAUGUGCGCAAGAGCUCAAACCCUGAUCCCAGUGUGUCUAAUGCACCUAAGAGCAUGAAUUCUAAUGGUGCAAGUGCUGGUGGGACAGACCUACCCUAUGCUAUUGGGGAUAGGAAAGUGUUUGGCCAUGCACAGGUCAUUGCCAUGAAAGCUCCUGCAGAUGCAGUAACCAAAACCACAACCAGUCCAGCAGAGGAAAAUGGAACCUCACAGCAUCCCGUGGCUUCCUCUGAGGGGUCUGGCCAUGCAGAAGGAGAGCAAGGAGGUGACACUCCGGACAAGCGCAUCAAGAAGCCGCCACCUUACCACAUUGCAGCCGUCAUGUCAAGGCACGCAGCUGACUUCCAAGAGGCGAGUGUCGAGGUGUCUUCAUCACAGGGAACUAAUGCACAGGGAGGGGCUGGUCUGACUGUCAAGGAUCUGCCAGGCUCACAGCAGCCAUUAACUGUGUCAUCAACUACUGCCAUUGGUGAGGACGAAAACAAUGACACAAGUAGUUCCAGUGACAGUGGCUAUGGCAAUGGGAAAUCAUCAAGUCAGCAAACUGCCGAAGAACAGCAGUGCAGUGAUUCCUGUUCAAACUCACCAUCCUCACCACAGAAUCUGACAGAUUCCAGCAUCACUAUGCCCUCCACCCCCACCUCACCUUUAGGGAGUGCAGGAUCAGCUGCACCUUCCUCGAAAUCCUUCAUGGUUACAAGUUCCACGAGGCCCCCAAGUACUCAUUUGUCGCCCAUUACUACCACAGGGUCUCUUCCAUCAGACCGCCACUCAUAUGCUGCUCCACAGCAUACCUCCUCACCACUUGUGCAAGCCUCUAUGGGACAGCAUAUAUAUUCUUCUGGCCACUUGUCAUAUUCACAAAAAGUGCAGACUAAUACUGCUAUGACCAAUGCUCGCCCAGCCUCCAUUGCGGCAGGGCAGCAGCUGGAGAAUCAGAACAGUGGCUCCGUGCAGCGGCCUGGGUCUUUGGCUCUUGGCACGCUAGCAGAUUCAGCACUUCUCAACCGGCUGCCUAGAGAUCAUCGACCAGGCUCUUUGGCAGCACCUAUCAAUACUGUUGGCAUCCCACCUGCUCCAACAAGGGCUGUGUCUCACAUGGGAUUGAAUGUCUCUAGUCCAACAAGAGCACGUGAUCCCACCAUGUUCAGGAGCCAAGAUUUGUCGCGAGCUGGACGCGGAUUGUCCGUAGCAGAGGAACGUUUCAGUGGAACUGCCAGUGCUCGUCAGGAGAGCAAUGGUCUUGUCUCCAUUAUUGACCAGGUAACAAGCAGUUUGCUGGAACAUGGGGACAGUCCCCCUCCCAAGACUCCAGUGACCCCUAGUGCUCCUUCUUCCACUUUUCCUACCACUUCACCCACAACAGCAACACCUCUAUCCAAGCUGGCAGGCACCCAAGUCACCAGUGAUAGGAUACCAUUAUCAGCAUCUGACUCUACAACAUCAGAAUCCUAUGUGACUAGUGAUACAAGUGGCAGAUCCUCCCUCUCUUAUCAACGUGGUGUGGGUUCAUCCCUGACCAGUAGUGGUGGACUCACCAACUUCACUCAAGACCAACCUCGUGGUGAGGUUUUGCAUCCAACUCCACAUCGACCACAUGUUAUCUCUCCUUCAGGCUCCAGACAUGGAUUAGACUCUCUGCAAGACCCCAGUGUGGGUACUCCAGAUAAGGUAGCAAUGGGAGUCCCUCAACAUAUGGAGGCUGGCUCUUCCCCUCCCAGAACAGCACCUAAGCCUCAGUCAAGAAUCCCAGCACUCAGUCCAGAGAGUUAUCCUGGUGUUACACCUGGUAAGGCAAAUCAUAAAACAAGCUUUGACUCUCAUGCUAGUCACAGUCCUGCUCAGAUGACAGAAUCUCGCAUACCCACUUUAGGCAACAUUGGCCGUUCUCCUAGUAACUUAACCAGUGAAAAAUCAAGUGAGAGUCAUGUCUUACCUGAGUCAAGAAUACCAACCCUUGGUACCAUGGGAAGAAGUCCAAGCAGUCUUAAUAAUGAAAGUAAGACAGAAAGUAGAAUUCCAACUCUUAAUAACAUGGGACAUAGUUCCUCCAACUUACUCCAUGAUAAGCAGACUUCAGGAGAAUCACGAAUACCCACUCUUGGAAGCACUGGGAGAAGCCAAAGCAACCUUGGUCAUGAAGCACCAAUUACAGCCGAGUCUCGCAUUCCGACAAUAGGUGCAGUGGGUAGAACAUCUAGUAACUUGACACGUGAAUCCAUUGGGUUGAAAAAGCCUGCCAACUCACAUGAAGGAGUCACAAAACCUGCACCAAAUCUUAACACACCACAGCAGCUUAGAACAGCUGGAAUGAAUGGAUCAGGUAUUCCAAGUUUAGCCUCACAGGGGAGAAGCAGUAGCAGCUUAGGAUCAGGCAUCCCAAGUCCAAGCCCAACUUCUGCAGGGUUAAGAACUGGCAUCCCCAAGCAUGAUGCAACAGAUGGGCUAACCAAGAAGUCACUGGUGUAUGGAGGAACAAGCCAAGUGUCCUCCACAUCUCGCCUCCAGUCUCCAAGUUAUUCUAGCGGCAUUAGGCCCCCUACCUAUUCAUCGGCUAGUCCUCUGCCCAGUCCAGUCCAACACCCAUCAGGCAGUUUUACCCAGUCCCCAGGUUAUUCAUCUGGCAUCCGACCACCCUCUAUCAAUUCGGCUAUUAACACCCCAGGUAUUCCACUACCUUCUUCAGGAUCUGCAAGCCACCUGACCAACCCAGGGUCGAGAGGGUCCAUCACGUCAACAGGAUCUGGAACUCGCAUUCCAAUGGUUGCAGGAAAUUCUGCAUCAAGACUCCCUGCACCCAGUGCCAACAAGCACCGUGUGUCUCCAUCAGCACAAAAUGCAGAUAACAAGACAAACAAUUCAGCGUGGAUGUUUGGCCAGCACAAAAAUGCCCGUGUGGUAUGUCAGAAUUUCCCGGUAGUGAUAGAGAAAAAUCCAGGCCUUGGCUUUACGAUUGGGCUGUCAGAUUCUGACGCAGAAGAUAAGAGUAUUUAUGUGACGAGUGUCGCAGGAGGAGGGGCAGCAUCCUCAGCCCUCAAAGUUGGGGACAAGUUGCUGCAGGUGGAUGGGGUUGACCUGCGACUAGCGGACUUGCACACAGCAACUUCUAUCCUCAACAAGACCUCCAACACAGUUAACCUGAUGGUGUCCCGACUCCAGUGAUCUUCAAUGUUGUCAGAUUUUUUUUUUUUUUUUUUUUUUCUCCUUUCUCUUUCUUUUUAUUCUUUUAUGUAACAGAGUAUGAAUAACCAGCAACUUGUAGCAGUUGAGAGAGAUGUUGUCUUUUAAGGAUAGUUGGCUUUAUGGUGAACUUUCUGUACAUUUUGACAGUGUUUGUGAUUGUCAAAUAAAGAGCUGAUGCUGUAGCAUUCCUCUCUCCUUUUUUAUUUCUUUCUAAUAUCUUCUUUUUUAUUUGUGUUUACUUCCUGCUACCAACCACAAAAUCCUUCAUGAGUUGUUUUGGUUGGUGAAACUCCACAAGGGAAUGUACGUUUGCAAAAACUACAUAGGGACAUUCUUUUUAAUUUAUUAAAUACAUUGACUCAAAAGGAGAACUAGAGGUGUUACUGGCUGCAUUUAUGAUGAUGUACCUCAAGAAUAUACAUUGUAUAGAUGUAUCAUCCAUUUAAUGAGGUAUUUGCUUUGAUGGAACAGGCCUUUGGUAACAGGAUACAGGUUUUAGAAGAAAAUUGAUUGAGUACUGAUUAAUUCAAAGAUAGAUAUUGAAGUGCCUUUAAGUCACAAUUUAAACAGUACAAAAGAAAGUUGUGCAAAUUAUAUAUGUUAAAUCCUCAGAUAAAGUUUUGUAGUUCCAAAUGCAGUAUGAAGUUCAAGUUAACAGAAAAGAAACUGCAAUUUACACAAGGCCUUUAUACCCAUGUUAAUUUUCCUUCUGUCAAUCUGAAUUUUUAGUGAUGUAAAUGACAUGCAAUCCUAACUGAAACUAUUGCACCAUUUAUUGUCAAUGUACUUUAUAUGUGUUUGAUGUAAUGUAUAGUAUACUCUUUGAUGUUGUCAUCAAGCAGAUACUGUGAGAAAAUCUUUUCCCAGAAAUUAUUAUUUUAAAAAUUUAAAGAGCCAAGUAAAAAAUCAGAGAGUUUCCUUCAGUAGACUAAAAAAAAAAGGGUAAUUCUUCAUGUACAAAAUUACCAUAAGGUCCUAAUUGCAAUAUCAGUGUGCUUCUGAGAAACUCUCUUUCAUUUUUGCCUAUUCAUGAUGAUAUAACUGUAGCUAUAACAUACUGAUAAUUGUUUGGUGUCUGCUAUGCACUCUGUCUGUAUGUGGAAGGAAGUUUAACAUAAACAUUGUGGUAAUGAUAAGUACAGUAGUUAUGUGCUGCCUUUCAUCAUAUUCACAUUGUAAAACUGUGAAGAAAAUUUGCUUCAGAAGUCUAGCUCUGCUUUUGUGCUGCCCUUGCUUAAUAACAAGUUUAAUAAAUAAAAACUACUUAUUUAUUAUGGUAGAGAGUUGGAAUAAUGGUGCCUUUUUAUGAGUGAAUAAGUGCAAAAUACUAAAGAUUUACAUUUAGUAUAUGGUAAUUUAUGCUAAAGAUGAAAAAGCUGAGUAAAUUCCUGAAUAACAGUCAUGUCAUGUCUAAAACGAUAUUAGCCAUUCCAUAUAGUUGGCUUCAUAUUUUAUUUUGUGUGGUUUUAAACAAAACUUGUUUAUGGAAGUUAUUUUUAUCUUGUAUCAAGCACUGGUCUUUGAAAACUGUUGUCUUGUUAAUAUAUUACUGCCAACAGUCCUGCUGUAUAUUAACUAUAGAAGUGUUAUUAUAUGAAAUACUCUGAUGAUGUUAGCAUUAAUAAUGCUUGAAGAUGUUUUUGUUUUUAUGAGGAUAAUUAUGCCCUUUAAUAUUCCCUGUCCUUGUUCACUCAUUUCUGCCUUUGGGAAUAAUGAUGUAUUGUGUGUGCUAUUAAGUUAUUUACUUGGUGCAGGAAUUUUUGUGCUUUUGUUGAAAAAAGGUCUAUUGUAAUGUAAAUAUAAAAGUUUGUGUAUUCUGAAUAACUACUAAGUUAUUGCACAAUUACAUGAAGUACUUGCUGGAUGAAGAAUCUGUUGUGUACUUAAUUAUUUUCCAUGAAAAUAAAUGAUGAAAUAUUUCCAUAAGCUUAUUUUGCAUAGAAUUUCUCAAAUUUGGUUUUAAGAUUUGAAACUUAGAAGAUUUGUGAAUGGAAUUGGUAGAGUUAUCACACAUAGCUUUAUGUAUGUUAAUGCCAAGCUGUAUGCCUCUAAAAUAGGCAGGUGCAUGCUUUAUUUCCAAUUGACUGCCUUCAUGUGGAAGGGAUACAUGAUUAUACUACUUCAUUUUUUGUACAAUGCUUUUUAAUUCCAGAUAAAAGCUUUAGUCACUAAGUUUAAGUGCCAGAAAGUGUGGUGCUCAAGUGCUGGUGGAUUCAAGAAUGUCUAAUAAAGAUAGAGGUUGUACUCUCCCUACAGAGAAACCUUGUAGUUCACUUUAAGGUCCAAGAAUUUCUCGUGUUGUAAACUAUACAUGAUAUAUUUUGUCCGUAUGAAAGUCGGCAUAGAUGCAUAUGAUGCUUUAUGACAUUUUCUAUUAUCUAUAUAACUUGUGUAGCUGGCCAGGCACCCUUUGUAAUAUAGAUAAGUUGUGAUUAUCAGCUUUCAGUGAGCUCCACAACUGGUUAGAAUUAGCUUUUAUUUUAGUACAUUCCUAAUAAAUAUAUAUUGUCCAGUGAUUAUGACCUCAUUACUUAAAAAGGUUGCAGAUGUAUAUUUGAAUUCUAGCUAAAGGAAAGUAGUUUUAUUUUAUUUUAUUUUUGUUUACGGAAGUCAAGUGUAUAGGCCAUGUCUUUUACAAGGUACCUUGUUGGUGUAUUAUUUUUGGGCACUCAAAGGGACCAGGAACAGAGAAUAUACUGCAGUCCUGUGGCAGCUGUCAGAAUUGGUGAUAUAUUUUAUAAUAGAAAACCAGUAAAAAUGCAAUAUGCCUUGCACAAUCAAAGUUUGUAAUAUGAAAAUAAAUUUUAUUUAAAAAAAUAAUAAAUAUUAUAUGUCAUUGAGACAGAUACACCAACAAGAGUUAAGAGUUCUAGUGAGAAGUUUUCAGAAAGAUUGAUAGAUGCAUGUACAAGAUGCCUUCACAAGAAGCCAAGUCAUGUGAGAGUUGAUUUCACAUUUUUGUUUUUGUUAUAUACAGUUUAGCAGUUUAAAUCCCAAAAAGUACAUUACAUAAUGUAUCACACCUAUUAGUGGGUAUACUCCUUUUUAGUUUGUUUUACUCUGUAAUGAAACACCCAGUAUAAACAGUGACGUGCUUUCCCCACAUACACAAGCAGCAUUGAAAUUUCCAUUGAACUGGUUGAAAUAGUUUAGAAUAUCCGGGAGGUAAAUCUUGCUGACUACAUGGAUAGCUGAGAGUUUAUAAGAAUGCCUAGUUUUAGGACACACAACACAGGAUCAAUAAUGUAAAUAUGAUAUUAAUUUAGAAUUUGUACAUACAUUGUAUAGAUAUAUUCACCUAACCUUUUCCAUUAUUUUAUACUGGAUGUAAAAUUCACUUUUGAUUACAGACAGAAUUCAGUUGUUUUUUCUAGUUAUUUCUUAUUUACUUAUUAAAUGUUGUCAUUAUAUUUUAGAUUUCUAAUAUUAUUAUUAUUAUUACUAUCAUUUUCAUUAUUUUUUUUUUUUUUUUACCAGAAAAUCUUGCCAGUAUUAAGGAUAAGAAUGGAAUUGACAGUAUUCUGAUUUUCAUUUUAUAUCUUUCUUCUUUUCUUUUACAAAUAUGGGAAAGGUGAAUAGGCUUAUACAGAGGAAUUAUAACUGUACACUGAUAGGUGCCAUAGCAUUCCAACAGUAUUUUGCAAUAGAGUUUGAAACCAGUUUGAAUGGGGUAUUAUCUUGAGCUGCAUCUUCGUAUUAACAGCAGUAAUUAGUUGUCGUGAUGAAUUCCUGAACAAUGUAUAGUCCACAAUGACAUUCUAUUUCUCUAAUUUGAUAAAUAAAAAAAAAUUCUUGUGUA